AUGGCGGGCGCGGGAGCUGGUGACCAUGGACGGCAGCACCUGAGGGGCGAGAGCAAGUCCUCAGACAGCAGGUCCCGGGGGGAGCAGUGGAAACUGAGGCUGAGUGGCUUAGGCUUCAAGUCCGUGUGGGAGCUCGCGCUUCAAGGCCAGAUUCGGUGCCGGAAGGCCACCUGCAUCGUUCCCCUUGCCGCCGCUCCUCCAAAGGGCUUACCCGCCGCCUGCCGCAACCCGAAGUGCCCCCAGAGCUUCUCACCACUGCGCUCAGGCGGCCGCCAUGGCGGGGCGGCCUGCGCAGGCGCGGCCCCACCCUCGGCGCGUACGAUUUCCUUGCGUCGCUUCGUGGCCACGCCCACCAGCCGAAUCGCUCUUGGGCGCCAGUGUUGCUGUGCUAGCUGUCCUUNGGCGGCGGCCAUCGGCACUGACUUCUGGUACAUCAUCGACACCGAGCGCCUGGAGCGGGGCGGCCCGGGGGCGCGGGGCCCGGCGGGGGCCGCCAACCGCAGCCAGCUUGAGCCUCUGAGCUCGCACUCCGGCCUCUGGCGGACCUGCCGGGUCCAGAGCCCGUGCACGCCGCUGAUGAACCCCUUCUGGCAGGAGAACGUGACUGUCAGCGACUCGAGCAGACAACUUCUCACCAUGCACGGGACGUUCGUGAUUCUGCUGCCGCUCAGCCUGAUCCUUAUGGUUUUCGGGGGCAUGACGGGCUUUCUGAGCUUCCUCCUGCGAGCCUCCUGCCUCCUUGUGCUCACAGGGACCCUCUUCUUCUUUGGAGCCCUGGUGACCCUCGCCGGCAUCAGCGUCUACAUCGCCUACUCGGCCGCGGCCUUCCAGGAGGCGCUGUGUCUCCUGCAGGAGAAGACUCUGCUGGACCAGGUGGACAUCCGCUUCGGCUGGUCCCUGGCCCUGGGCUGGGUCAGCUGUGUUGCCGAGCUGCUCACCGGGGCCACCUUCCUGGUGGCGGCCCGCGUGCUUAGCCUGAGGCGGCGGCAGGACCAGGCCAUCUGA